UCACUCACUUAAAAACCAAAGCCCACAUCACAAAAAGCAUCAAGAUGUUGCAUUUAUGGAUUAUACUGACUCUGCUUCGUCAAGGAUCUGCUCUACUCUCAGUGACUAAAUGUCAACUUGGCAACUCAGUGACCUUCACAUGUUGGUUCCCUGAUUUGGAGUAUAGUAACACACGAGUCAAGUGGUACAAACAGAACAUUGGUGGCAGCCUUAAACUAAUUACAACGUUGAUGAAAGCUACUGAAAAGCCAACAUUUGAACGAGGCUUUCCUCAGUCACGAUUUGAUGCAAACAGCACACAAGUAAUGAGCAUGCUGACCAUUUUUUCGACUGUCCGAGAAGAUGAAGCACUCUAUCAUUGUGCAGCCUCCACCUGGAGUAAAGAUCAUUGGAAUGCAACCUACUUGUCUCUGAAUGAAAACACUCAGUCAAACUACACUGUUGUUCAGUUGCCAGCAGGAAGUGAUCCAGUUCAGCCAGGAGACUCAGUGACUCUCCAGUGUUCGGUCAUCUCUAGUUCUGGCAACAGUUCUUGUCCUGAUGAACACAGUGUCCACUGGUUUGGUGCUGGAUCAGAUAAAUCUUUGGCGAACAUCAUUUACACUGAUGGUAAAGGAUCCGAUGAAUGUAACAAGAAACCUGAGUCAACCUCGUCUUCAAAAAGCUGUGUGUAUCGACUCUCUAAGAACAUCACCUCCUCAGAUACUGAGACUUAUUAUUGUGCUCUGGUCAUUUGUGGGGAAGUUAUUUUUGGGAAUGGAACAAAACUCAAUAUUAGAGAAACCGGCUUGGGGACCUUUGGUGGUUUAUUGAAAGACAAUACAAUUCUUCUGCUGCUGUGUGCUGUGUUGGUCAUAAGUGUGAUGGCAAUUGGUAUUCUUAUUUAUAUCAUCAAGCAUAACAAGUGUGACUGCAAUGCUUCUAAUUCCCUGCAAGAAAGUAUUGAAAAACGAAACGUGAAGAGAGAAAAGGACACAUGCAUUUACUCUGCUGUCAUAUUUACAACGAUAAAAACUGACAGUGCUAGAAAAAGAAAUACAAAAGCACUGGAGCGAGAAAGGAUCUAUGCAGCCGUCAAGGCUUUUGGAAUGGAUUAACCGACACUGGAAGUAAUUGCCAUCAGCUAAUUAUUAAUGUUUUAGGUAAAUGUUCUUAUGAAUGUGGCUCGACUCAUCAUUGCCCUUGAUGCAUCCAUCACUCCAUGUUUGUGUUUUGUAAUAUACAAAGUCACUGCAUCCAGAAAAUAAUGUAAUUGUGAACCCACUUAUAAAUCUUGAUUCAUUAUUUUGAUGGUUUUUUGAAACUUGUAAUUGAGGUUUGUGACCACUAACCAAAAGACAUUCAUUUAGGAUGAAUGACAGUCAUAGUCGACGAUGAACAAUCCACUGGGUACUACCCGUUGUAACAGACCGGUUGCAAGUGCCUUCUGAGGGUUGAUGGCAGUUUGUGGUAAAAUAAUUCCCAUUUGUGCUCACAGUAAAAAUUGAGAUUUUGCAACAUGUUGGCUGCAGCUCUGAGGCAAAACCUUUACAUUGAGAGGUGAAACUUCUCCAUUUACAGUAUGUAUCACACUUUUUCAAGUUUUUCUGUCACUUGGCUAGUAGCUAGCAAGUGUUUGCAGAUAAAUGGAAAAAACUAGAGACAACUGUGCUAGGAACCAAAGCAAUCAUAACGAGGUUUUUUGUUGCAGCACUUUGUCUUUCUUCAUCUGUUCUCAUUCUGAUACUUUUUGUCACAUUUAUUUUGCCUAGAAAUCAUCUGACUUACAAGUGGCAAAUUUAACAUGUAAUUAAAGUCCCAGUUUGGUAUUUUGGUUGUUUUUAUUGUUAAUUGUACAAAACCAAGUUAUGUUGCUGAUUCAUCAGGCUGAACAGGAAAAUGUACCAAAUGAAACGAAACUUACA